GGAGAAAUGUGACAACGAUAUCAGCAACAACAGCUCCAGGACUGAUAGAGGCUACAGAACAGCGACUGCUGGACAGACUACAGACUUCACUACGAAGCAGCAAGCUCAGACUGGUGGAGGAAAUAAAGAAGGAGAUACAGAUUUUGUGGCGGAAGAGAUAAGGAAGGACCACAUGGAAAUAAAUUUAGAGGAGAUUGCACCAUGGCUGAUGCAUUUGGACUGA